UGACCGAUUAGACUUGAUACUCAGCAUUGUUUGGAAGCUGUCUGAAGAUCCAGACAGAUCACGACAUGGGCAGGCGCUAAAUCACCAAGAACACGCCCAUUCGUUUCUCUCAUUGGUCGGUCAAAAAGACGCGCGUUAUGGCGGCUUUGAAGUAAAUAAAGCGCUAUGAAAGUGUGAUCUGUACACCUGCAUUGUAACUCAAACAAGUACCGUCAUCUCCCUGACAUGGACUGUGUUGUGACAGGGGGCAACGUGAAAGUGCUGGCCAAGGCCAUCCACUCUCUGUCCAGGAUAGGUGAUGAGUUGUACCUGGAGCCACAGGAGGAUGGGCUGGCUCUGCGUUCAGUGAACUCAUCCCGCUCAGCCUACGCGUGCUUCCUUUUCUCCCCACUCUUCUUCAGCAGGUACACCAUUCCCUUAGGACAUGCUUUUCGCUGCAAGAUGGCUAUCAAGUGUGUGCAGGCCGUGUUCAGGUCCCUGUCGUCUCUGGAGAAGACAGUAGAGAAGUGUCACAUUGAACUGGAUGGAGAGAAGAGUCGCCUCACCUUCACCCUGCACUGCAAACAUGGUCUGCUGAAGACACACAACCUGUCAUUCCAGGACAGUGAGAGUCUGCAGGCCGUGUUUGAUAAAGAGAGCUGUGCCAACAUGCUUCGAGCCCAGCCCAGGUUGCUGGUUGACACGGUGCUGCACUUCCCUCCCUCUCUGGAAGAGGUGAGUGUGUUAGUGAGUGGAGAACGAGUGUGCUUCAGGAACCAUGUAGACGACGAGGCAGAGCAAUCCAAAUCCAUGCUGACUGAACUGUGUUUGAGUUCUGAUGAGUUUGACCACUUUGCUGUUGGAGCUCAGACCAGCAUCACAUUCUGUCUAAAGGAGCUGAGGGGCUUGCUGGUGUUUGCAGAAUCCACAGGUCUCCCAGUCUCAAUGUAUUUUGAUGAGCCAGGCAGUCCUGUGGUGUUAAGUGUAACAGACAGUGUUCUGGAGGUGAACUUCGUGCUUGCCACUCUGUCUGAUGACUCCAACCUCUGUAACCAUAACAACAACACAAAACGAGCUCGCUCGCCGCCACCUCCUGACGACUUUAUGACUGACGACAUUGACUCUUAUCUCAUCGCCAUGGAGACCAGUGAAUUAGCGGGUCCCUCCAAUGCCCUUGCGCCCCGGUCCCCCUCGCCCAAUCACACACUUACAACUCCGCCAUCUGUAGCCAUGCGCAGGCUAGAGAGAGGAGAGGAAGAGGAGGAGGAAGAUACCGAGGACACUGAAAGACCUCCAAAUAAAAAGUUCCGCUCGCUCUUUUUCGGGUCAGUCUGUCCCUCUGAUUCUCAACUGACCAAUCAGACGAUCAAGAGCCAGGAAGUGCUGGCCAGUGACAGCGAGGACGACAACCAAGCAUCAUUGCCGUGACCUGGGGUGGUGGAGUUGAAGCCACGUGUGUUUGUGUGUGUGUGUGUGUGUUUUGGAGAAACCCAUUUAUAGAAUCCCUGCGAAGAGAUAUGAAAAAAGGUUUGCAUCUAAUCUGAAGACUAAUCACAUUAGAUGCAGAGUCUUACCCGUGGGAUAAUUUUUUUAGAAUAUGGAUUUGAACAAAUCCAGACCUUUCUAGUUCUAAUGACCGUUGCAGCCUUGAGAAGAAAGUCUGCACUCAGUAGGUCCUCUGAGGGACAGUGAUGGGACAUUCAGACUUUUUAUUGGACCAUAUCAUCACACUGGGGGACUCUGGAAUUAUGAGGAAAUGGACAAGUACUUCCUGUUUAUGAUGGCAUGUCAAUGAUCAAUGUACACAAGCUCUAGAAUAAAAAAACACUUUUUUUUUCUCCCCGGA